CUCAGAGCUGAGAUUGCCUGACCACUGCACCUGCUGCCUUUGUUCGACUUUCCGUGGGAACGCUUCAAGUCAAGUUGUCUGACCCUAUUGAUCACUGGAAUCAUGGUGCAUGGGUACAAAGGGGUCCAGUUCCAAAAUUGGGCAAAGACCUAUGGCUGCAGUCCAGAGAUGUACUACCAGCCCACCUCAGUGGAGGAGGUCAGAGAGGUGCUGGCCCUGGCCCGGCAGCAGAACAAGAAAGUAAAGGUGGUGGGUGGAGGCCACUCGCCUUCAGACAUUGCCUGCACUGAUGGCUUCAUGAUCCACAUGGGCAAGAUGAACCGGAUUCUCCAGGUGGACAAGGAGAAGAAGCAGGUAACCGUGGAAGCCGGUAUCCUCCUGGCUGACCUGCACCCACAGCUGGACAAGCAUGGCCUGGCCCUGUCCAAUCUGGGAGCAGUGUCUGAUGUGACAGUUGCUGGCGUCAUUGGGUCUGGAACGCAUAACACAGGGAUCAAGCACGGCAUCCUGGCCACCCAGGUGGUGGCCAUGACCCUGAUGACAGCUGAUGGAGCAGUUCUAGAAUGUUCUGAGUCAAGCAAUGCAAAUGUGUUCCAGGCUGCACGGGUGCACCUGGGCUGCCUGGGUGUCAUCCUCACAGUCACCCUGCAGUGUGUGCCACAGUUCCACCUUCAGGAGACAUCCUUUCCUUCGACCCUCAAAGAGGUCCUCGACAACCUAGACACCCACCUGAAGAAGUCUGAGUACUUCCGCUUCCUCUGGUUUCCUCACAGUGAAAAUGUCAGCAUCAUCUACCAAGACCACACCAACAAGGCGCCCUCCUCUGCAUCUAACUGGUUUUGGGACUAUGCCAUCGGGUUCUACCUACUGGAGUUCUUGCUCUGGACAAGCACCUACCUGCCGUGCCUCGUAGGCUGGAUCAACCGCUUCUUCUUCUGGCUGCUGUUCAACUGCAAGAAGGAGAGCAGCAACCUCAGCCACAAGAUCUUCACCUACGAGUGUCGCUUCAAGCAGCAUGUCCAAGACUGGGCCAUCCCCAGGGAGAAGACCAAGGAGGCCCUGCUGGAGCUCAAGGCUAUGCUGGAGGCCCACCCCAAGGUGGUUGCCCACUACCCCGUGGAGGUGCGCUUCACCCGAGGUGAUGAGAUCCUGCUGAGCCCCUGCUUCCAGAGGGACAGCUGCUACAUGAACAUCAUCAUGUACAGGCCCUAUGGAAAGGAUGUGCCUCGGCUGGACUACUGGCUGGCCUAUGAGACCAUCAUGAAGAAGUUUGGAGGCAGGCCCCACUGGGCAAAGGCUCACAACUGCACCAGGAAGGACUUUGAGAAAAUGUACCCCGCCUUCCACAAGUUCUGUGGCAUCCGUGAGAAGCUGGACCCCACUGGAAUGUUCUUGAAUUCGUACCUGGAGAAAGUCUUCUACUAA